UUCCUUUCUGUCGCCCGGGCUGUGGAUUUGUUGUAGAGGAUUGGGACACUGACAAUGGGAAGCUUUCUCUACGGCCUGCAAUGCUGACACUCCACUCCCUCCUGCUGGGAAUUCAUGUUAAGUGAUCCCUGUGCCCCCUUUGAAUGUCCAUCACUAUGGCCAAGCGUGAGACCGGCAGCACCAGCCCUGUGGUGAGGCAGAUAGACAAGCAGUUCCUGGUCUGCAGCAUUUGUUUGGACCAUUAUCACAACCCCAAGGUCCUGCCGUGCCUGCACACGUUCUGUGAGAAAUGUCUACAGAACUACAUCCCUCCCCAGUCUUUGACGCUGUCCUGCCCAGUAUGCAGACAGACCUCUAUCUUGCCAGAGAAGGGUGUAGCAGCCCUGCAGAACAACUUCUUCAUCACAAACCUAAUGGAGGUGUUACAGCGAGACCCGGAGUGCAGUAGACCUGAGGCCUGUAAUGUUCUUGAAUCAGCCAGUGCAGCUACAGCCUGUCAGCCCCUCUCCUGCCCCAACCAUGGGGGCAAGGUGAUGGAGUUUUACUGCGAGUCAUGCGAAACAGCCAUGUGUCUGGAGUGUACAGAAGGAGAACACAGGGAACAUGUGACAGUUCCUCUGAGGGAUGUGCUGGAACAGCACAAGUCAGCGCUUAAAAAUCAGCUGGACGCUGUGCGCAACAGACUACCACAGCUGACAGCUGCCAUCGAACUUGUGAAUGAGAUCUCCAAGCAGCUUACGGAUCGGAAAAAUGAGGCUGUGACUGAAAUCAGUAACACUUUUGACGAGCUGGAGAAGGCCUUACACCAACGCAAGACUGCUCUCAUUACAGAAGUGGAAAACAUCUGCAGCACCAAGCAGAAGGUCCUUCAAGCCCAGCUGGCCUCUUUGCUUCAGGGCAAAGAGAACAUUCAAAGCAGCUGCAACUUCACAGAGCAGGCCCUGAGCCACGGCAGUGCCACUGAGGUCCUGUUGGUCCAGAAACAGAUGGGUGAGCGGGUCAGUGCCCUGGCGCGACACAGCUUUCCUGAGCAUCCCCACGAAAAUGGACAUCUGGAAUGCCAGGUAGAGACAGAUGGACUGAGGCGCUCCAUCCAGAACCUGGGAGUCCUGAUCACAACAGGGGCUGUAGGCCAUACAAGCGUUGCCACUGGUGAAGGCCUGCGACAUGCACUGGUCAGCCAGCACACUACUGUCACAGUCACUACUAAAGACAAGGAUGGAGAACUAGUGAAGACUGGUAAUGCUGCUUUGAGGGCAGAGAUUGCCUCUGCAGACGGAGUGUGCACUGAAGCUGAGGUAGUGGACAACAAGAACGGCACCUAUGAGGUUGGUUACACAAUCCGCUCCGAGGGAGAAUUCACCUUCUCUCUGCUGCUAUAUGAACAGCCCGUGAGGGGGAGUCCGUUCCGUUUGCGUGCUGUCAAGCCGUCGGAUGUCCUCCAGUCACCAGACGACGUGAAGAGAAGAGUGAAGUCCCCGAGCGGAGGAGGAGGUCAUGUUCGACAGAAGGCUGUGCGCAGGCCCUCCAGCAUGUACAGCACCACCAAGAAAAAAGAAAACCCAAUAGAGGAUGAGCUGAUCUACAGAGUGGGAACAAGAGGGCGAGAUAAAGGAGAAUUCACGAACUUACAAGGCAUCUCAACCUCUAGUAAUGGACGGAUUGUGGUGGCAGACAGCAACAACCAGUGUAUACAGGUAUUCUCAAAUGAUGGCCAGUUUAAGAUGAGGUUUGGGGUCAGAGGUCGCUCACCAGGGCAGUUGCAGCGCCCCACGGGGGUCACAGUAGACAUGAAUGGUGACAUAAUUGUAGCUGACUACGACAACAGAUGGAUUAGCAUCUUCUCCUCGGAUGGCAAGUUCAAGAGCAAAAUCGGUGCUGGAAGACUGAUGGGGCCCAAAGGUGUGGCUGUGGAUAAGAAUGGACAUAUCAUCACGGUUGAUAAUAAGGCCUGCUGUGUCUUCAUCUUCCAAUCAAACGGGAAGCUGGUGACAAAGUUUGGAGCCAGAGGAACAUCAGACAGACACUUUGCAGAAAAAAGUGGUGCAAACAUUGCACUGGAACAAAAGCUUAGUAAAUCUGGCCCUGUUUUCAGUCCUCACUUUGUGGCUGUGAAUAACAAAAAUGAAAUUGUGGUAACAGACUUUCAUAACCAUUCAGUCAAGGUGUACAAUGCAGAUGGGGAGUUCCUGUUUAAAUUUGGCUCCCAUGGAGAGGGGAACGGCCAGUUCAAUGCUCCAACAGGUGUGGCUGUGGAUGCCAAUGGAAAUAUCAUUGUUGCUGAUUGGGGCAAUAGUCGGAUCCAGGUGUUCGACAGCUCUGGGUCCUUCCUGUCCUACAUCAACACAUCAGCGGACCCCCUUUAUGGCCCCCAGGGCCUGGCCCUCACAUCUGAUGGUCAUGUGGCAGUGGCAGACUCUGGGAACCAUUGCUUCAAGGUCUACCGCUACCUGCAGUAGAGACCUGAGACAGCUGUCUUCACCAGUGCAAGCACUGACAACGACACAACCAAUGUAUUCCACAGGGUGCAAUGACCUUUCCGAUACAGCCUUUUAAUGUGCCCAUCAGCUGAUCUCCCAGAUACGAUUAAGUCUGAACCUGAGUUUACCCUUCGUAUGAUGUGUAUUGAAGGCUGUUUUGAAAGUUGGGUAAUGUAGCAUCCUUGGGACAAGUAAUGGACGUAAAGCAAUGGACUGGUUUUAGAGCCAGUUGAUGGUAUUAUUAAACCACACUUUCUGUGAGACUGGACAGGGUAGGAGGUAGAUUGAAGUAUUUAAUGAGCCAUACUUGUCCAAAUGCAUGAAGUUUUAUUUUAUCUUAAUGCCUAGGCAACAACACAGUGUACCCAUCAGUUGCUUUUCUCAUGAACUAGUUAAUGCUUACAGUGAAAUGAACAAUGCUACGCUUCUCCAGCAAUGAAAUGUAAAAUCUCUCAUUUACUGACAUCACAUAAAAAUGUCACCACCACCUGUGCAUUGAUUUGCUGUAUGUACUGUAUAUACAUAAAUGUAUAUUGUGUAUAUUAGAUCACUCCAUAUGUAUUUGCUAUAAUUUUGAAACACACAGCCUUUUGGCUAUUCAGAGAGCAGCAGCUAAGGUUUCCAGGAUUUUAAAAAUGUGUGUAUGGCAGCUGUUCAAAAGUGUGCUUUUUAAACAUACCCAGCACAUGCUUAAAAGAGGAAGAGUGUCAUAUUUAUUGCUAAUGUGAGCAGCACAAUAACGAUUUUUGUUAAUAUCUGUUGUUUUAAAGGGAAAAAAACAAAAUGAAAAAAAAGCUAAUUUAUUUUAUUUUAUACACAAGCUCAGCAUUUACAAAUUAUUUUUCUAAAUUGAUGUGCUUUUUUUUCUUUUGGACUUUCUCACUUUACCCCUUUCCCCUAAAAGGAAAUAUCACCUUAAAGCAGAAUUCAGUGUUCCCCCACCUCCACAUCUGGAAACUUUCAUCAGUGUUUCCAGAGUGACAAACCCAUCAACGUUUUCAUCUGGGAUGCCAUCAAAAAAAAAAAAAAAAAAAAUCUGUUCAGAAUUAAUGGUUUAAGAUAUGAGCUCAUAGAAUGUUUUGCCUUUAACAAUUUAAGAGCUUUAUUCAUUGAAGUGCUAACAGUUACAAACACACAUAUCUCAGGAAAUCCAUCCAAAUUAGAUCACCAUGUCAAUGGAACAAUGUUAGAUAUUUUAAUUUGAUGGUGACAGAUUUUUAGGGAGACAUUGGGAACUUUGGGAGAAAACUUUGUGCAAAUGUAGACUGCAGAAAUUACUGGGUGGAGUAUGAAUUCUGUUUUACAGUGUCUGUCUGUUUUUUGUUUUUGUUUUUUUUACUUUUUCGCUUUCACAUAGGAAAGAGUUACAAGAUUAUUAAAUGCUAAUUUAUUAGUUGACAUUUGCCAGCAAACACAUCCAUGCUUUAGAAUACACACACCUAUGAUACUGUUGUACGCUAUCUAACAAAACGCUGUUAGAUCAGAGUUUCUGCCUGCACUACAUCAAGCCAUGACCCCCCAGGAAAAAAACAUUACCAGUAGAGCUGUUGCUGCUCUUCCUCUCCCUAGUGUUCAUUCUGUGUAAUGUCAUAAGAAAACCUGGUGCCACAGCAGAGGAGAGGUCAGGUGCAAUAAGAAGGCAACUUCCUGGUCUGACAUAAUUACCCACAGCACUGUGCUAAAUACCCAAACACCACCAUGCACCCUCCCCAGCGUAUAGAUCUCUUUCUCUCUGAGCUACAGGGUAUGGCCUGAUUUCACCCGUUAAGUCAUCCAGGAAGCUGAUGCUUUUCAAGCACCUGAUCUCUUGUUUGACUUGUUGCCAAACAGGAGCCUAGACAUCUUUAAAGGGUCAGAGGCUCACCUUUUUGACGUGUCUGAAGCAUUUUAACCUACGCUGUUUGUGUCACGCCAAUACAAACAAUUUUGUUUUCUCUAUGAAUAUGCACUGGUAAUAAAAGCACAUGGUUUACUGAGUUGCUGUGUGUGACUCAUUAUGCUUAUUGCACUGAGGGGAAUUGGAUCUGUGUCUAGAUUUGCACAUGAAAUGUAAUCACUAAACAGUAGUGAUAAUGAUGAUUUAAAAGUACGCAAAGUGGGUCCACAUCUCAGUUUACAGUCAGCACAUCUUUUCACAUUUCAU